UUUACAAAAAAGAAAGCCUACAAGUUAGACCCAGUUUGUGUAUAAAAGGAGUCUUUGUUAUAUGGUGUUUCCUCAUCUUUCUCUACUAAAACUAAUCAAAAACAUUUCUUCGUAUGACCAAAAAAAUGCAUUUCUCUUCUUUCUCUUCGUUGUCAAGUUGGGCAACCAUAAUAACAAUGGGAUGUCUUAUGCUUCAUUCAUCUUUCUCCUGUGCUCAGCUAACUCCUACUUUUUACGACACUUCAUGCCCUAGCGUCUUCAACAUCGUACGGGAUACCAUUGUUAACGAGCUACGGUCGGAUCCUCGUAUCGCUGCGAGCAUCCUUCGACUUCACUUCCAUGACUGCUUCGUUAAUGGUUGUGAUGCAUCGAUCUUGUUAGACAACACAACAUCAUUUCGAACAGAAAAAGACGCAGCGCCAAAUGCCAAUUCGGCUCGGGGAUUUCCAGUGAUUGAUAGAAUGAAAACAGCAGUUGAAGCAGCAUGCCCAAGGGUUGUUUCAUGUGCAGAUAUUCUUACCAUCGCAGCUCAACAAUCUGUCAAUUUGGCAGGAGGUCCUUCUUGGAGGGUUCCUUUGGGGAGACGAGAUAGCUUACAAGCAUUUUUUGAUCUCUCUAAUGCAAAUCUUCCCGCUCCAUUCUUCACACUUCCACAACUUAAAGCCAGUUUUGCAAAUGUCGGUCUCGAUCGUCCUUCUGAUCUCGUUGCUCUCUCCGGUGGUCACACGUUUGGUAAAAACCAAUGUCAGUUUAUUAUGGACAGGCUAUACAACUUCAGCAACACUGGUUUACCAGAUCCUACCCUCAACACUACUUAUCUCCAGACUCUUCGCGGACUGUGCCCUCGUAAUGGUAACCAGAGCGUUUUAGUGGAUUUCGACCUACGAACACCGACGGUUUUCGACAACAAAUACUAUAAGAAUCUGAAAGAGCUCAAAGGACUUAUCCAAACUGAUCAAGAGUUGUUCUCGAGCCCCAAUGCGACUGACACAGUCCCCUUGGUUAGAUCAUAUGCUGAUGGCACGGAAAAGUUCUUCAAUGCGUUCAUCGAAGCGAUGAAUAGGAUGGGAAACAUUACGCCUUUGACCGGCUCUCAAGGACAGAUCAGGCAGAACUGUAGGGUGGUCAACUCCAACUCGUUGCUCCAUGAUGUGGUUGAAAUAGUUGACUUUGUCAGCUCUAUGUAAUAAUAGGUGUCUCAAUGUAUGAGGCAACCAAAAUAUAUGUUUGUUAUGAUAAUAAAAACGCUUUCAUAAUGUUACUUGAGGACAUUUGAUCUGUGUUUUUUUUUUCAA